CAAGCCAACAACGAGCUAACAGGUCAGAAUCACAGCCCUCACCACUGUCGCCUCGACAGCACAAAUGCUCUCUUUCAUAUCUUUCCCCAAGUUGCUAAGAGGAUCACCCAAUCACACGCUCUCCAACCGCAUUCUGCGGGAGAAGGAAUACCAGCCGGGGACGAUGGAGGGGUUGGUGGCGCUGCGAAACCGCCCGUCCUCGCCGGUUGGAACCAGGGGACCUCGUCCGCGAGAAGAGCCUUGCUCAUUUCGCACUAGGUUGACUGACGGUGAUUCUGACAUCUUUUUUGACAGCACCGAUAAGCUGGACGCUGAGAAUAUCAAGUUUGACGACGCCCAGUGCAUCGCGGUCGGUCGGUCAGUUCAAAUGUCGACGAUGGCAUCACAUGACGAGAGAACCAGUGUCGCCAAACCGCUUAACGCUCGUUUAUACAUCGUCCCGGAGCCCGUUCGUCACUCUUUCAACAGUGACGACGCCACUCUCAGGGCGGAGGAGGAAGCUGCCGACGGCGACGGCGACGACGACAUGAUGGAAAGCAUGAACAUGCCCUUCUGGCACGCGCCCAAGCGCCAGCCAAAGAGGCAGCAUCUCAGCGAUACCAAAAACACGAGCCAUGACAACCUACCCGUGAUGGACGACGACAUGUCCAUCAUCUCCGACAUCUCCCUCAUCCCGACCUACUUCCCCAGCGACAUCCAGCAGCAGCGGAAAAGGUUACGCCGCGCCCUCCUCUUCAAGCACCUCAUCGUCGCCAAGGCCAGGGCCGCCCGCCAGACCAUGCGCCAGAUCAAGCGUUCCUGCCGGGACGCAGUAGGCAAUGUCUUUGUUGUCGACUCCUCUUCCUCCAACGUCAUGGGCGGUACCACUACUACAACAACGAGGGCAUUUCAACAUCAGCCGACACGAUGCAUUGCUGUUGGCGCCGGGUUUUGAGGGAUUACAAAGGGGACGGAGGUGGCGGGAGGAACCAACAAUAAUCACAUGCGCAUAACUGCCAGCAGCCCACAACCUUUUCUUCAUGUAUUUGAUGUUUCUGGCGUCACAUGUAAUAAUCACACCCUGCACCAUACGACUCAAGUUUGGCAUUGGCAGUCGGCUGUUUGACCAUUUCC